UUGAGCAAAAAACGAUGUAAUAACUAGAAACGAAUCGAUUCGAAAUACGAGUAAUAAACAGUUCGUGUUCGCUGUUAUUAUAUAUGCAUCUCAAAUAUAAGAAUCGUUAAUCUAAAUCGUAUCACGAAACAGACUAUCGUAACACUGUCAAGUAAAAUUGAAGGAAGAAAAGUCACUUAAUUUUAAUUUGCCAUUAAAUUUACAUUUAUAAAAUAACUAGAUCUAUAUCUCCUAAUAUAGAUAAGUAACUAGCAGUUACAGCGCCUCUACCUGCGCUUAUAAUUCACUACUGAAAGUGCUUUGAGUUUGGAAAUUGUAGGAAACUUGCUUAACCUGUUCAUGCUGUCACAGAAGAUUCAAAGGUUUAAAAACUAUUAUAAAACUUCAUUUAGUUUAUUAUUUUGUAAACGAUAGUGCAAUAAAAAGGACAUAUGAAGAGUACUAUGAAGAAAGAAAGACCGUGACGGAGGAUAUUGUGGAUAAGAGUAGACCUGGUGACGACAAACAUAUCUAACCUUAUGCCCUCAGCCACCGGAGUGAAGAAGCAAUAUAAGUAAAGCACUUUGGGAUCGAGUGGAAAUUGCAAGCAUCAUUCCAGAAGAUGUGCGAAGUAGAAAUCUCUUUAAAUAUAGUAAACUAUUAGUAUGUACAAUGAAGCUCCUGGCAAAUGUGCAGUAUCAGUCGCUGCAAAAAAAGGUGUGCCUUUACAAAGAAUCGACGAAGAAUGCACAAUCAUUAGAAGGUGGGUCUAACCCUAUUGGGCAGCAGAAGGGUGGGGCGACUAUGCCCAGUAAUGAGGAAUGUGGAAUUCGAGAUGUCUGGGGACACAAUUUAGAAGAGGAAUUUCGCACAAUUCGGCAAGUCGUGCAACAAUAUCAAUAUAUUGCAAUGGACACAGAAUUUCCUGGGGUCGUAGCAAGGCCUAUUGGCGAAUUUAGAACAAGUGCCGAUUAUCAGUAUCAAUUGCUACGAUGUAACGUAGACCUUUUGCGAAUAAUACAACUUGGUCUCACGUUUCUCGAUGAAUCAGGGAAUACGCCAGGUGGUAGUUACACAACGUGGCAGUUCAACUUCAAAUUUAAUUUACAGGAAGAUAUGUAUGCACAAGAUAGUAUAGAUAUGCUACAAAAUAGUGGUAUACAAUUUAAAAAACACGAAGAAGAGGGUAUCGACCCUUUAGAUUUUGCUGAACUGUUAAUGACAUCAGGGAUUGUUCUUGUCGACGAUAUUAAAUGGCUAUCUUUUCAUUCUGGUUACGAUUUUGGAUAUCUAUUAAAACUACUUACUGAUCAGAACUUGCCACAGGAAGAGAGUGAAUUUUUCGAACUUCUUAGGAUAUAUUUUCCAACCAUAUAUGAUGUAAAAUACUUAAUGAAAUCCUGCAAAAAUUUGAAAGGCGGUCUUCAAGAAGUAGCGGAACAAUUGGAAAUACAAAGAGUCGGUCCACAGCAUCAAGCUGGGUCAGAUUCUCUUCUAACUGGAAUGGUCUUUUUUAAAAUGCGAGAGAUGUUUUUCGAGGACAACAUCGACGAUGCAAAAUAUUGUGGUCAUUUAUACGGUUUGGGAACGUCAUUUGUCGUAAAUGGUUCUGGAGGAUAUAUGGACAGUAAUGGGGAUAACUCUUCCUCUUCGUAAUGUUAAACUUGCUCCAUCGCAAUUGCAACAGAUUAUUUCAUUGCAUUACAAAUAAAAUAUUACAAAAGAUCCUUUCACUUACUGAUCGGGCAUCUAGUUCAUAUCCACGUUAUAACAUUCAGAGAUCAAUAUUGUAGAUUACAGAUAUCAUCGACUGAUACGCAAAUCUAGGUGCAUUUUGUUUAAAUUUGUGAAUUUUUUUUCUAUCCUUUAAUUCAUGCAAUUUUCGUAGCUUUGUUCUGUGAUACAUAGAAUCGGUCAAAAAAAAAAAAAAAAAAAAAAAAAAAAAAAGAAAAAAAAAAGAUGUUUAUCAUAUCGUGCAACACAAAAGAAAAUGUAAUAUAGCUUCUUUAUAAACAUUUGUGAGAAUAUUGAUAUAGAAGAUACAGUUGCAGUACAAAAAUGACUCGCAUUUCCUUCUAUUUUUAAGACUUUUAUAGAUUCCUUGACUACUUUGGUAAGCUGCGGAAAGGAUACUUCGAGAGUUGGGCGGUGAUAACGCAACGUGUCAACUUUGUAGCGUGCUUAGAUGUAACGAUCUACUGUCGGUAGAUGUAUUUAUUAUACAAAAAUGCAUUUGUAGUACGUUACAUUUUAAUCCUGAGUACUUCUUUACGCAUAGCACAUACAAAUAACUUGCUCCAUUCAAUCUCCAAUUAAUUCGCGAUUUCAUUGUAGACCGUAUUGUUAACGAAAGUCCGUCUCAAAUCACUUAACUUACAGGGACUAUAGAUUUACGUAUUCAUUAUUUUUUUCGGAUAGUAAACAAUGUUAUUAACAAGAUCACUCUUAGCGAUCGACGAAUCUUUACCGAUUAUGUACGUAUGUGUUCGUCAAUGCAUACUACACGUUUUAUUGUAAAACUCGUUACCUGCAAAGAAUAAAACAAAACUUUGGUACUUUUCCAAAUCGAUCGUACAUACAGAUUUUUCUUUUUGUAAAUAUUAUAUAAUUUCAGGCAUUUAAAUAAAUACCUCGUCUGAUAA